UAGGAAAGAGUGGGACCUUGGUGACAGUGAAAAAGGACUUUGACCGUGACCAGUGCCUCCCUCUCCUCUCCCAUAGGAACAUGCUUGCCAAUUCAGCCAGCGUGCGGAUCCUCAUCAAGGGAGGCAAGGUGGUGAAUGAUGACUGCACCCACGAGGCUGAUGUCUAUAUUGAGAAUGGCAUCAUUCAACAGGUGGGCCGUGAGCUCAUGAUCCCCGGAGGGGCCAAGGUGAUCGAUGCCACCGGGAAACUGGUGAUCCCUGGAGGCAUUGACACCAGCACCCACUUCCACCAGACCUUCAUGAAUGCCACGUGCGUGGAUGACUUCUACCAUGGAACCAAGGCAGCACUAGUUGGAGGUACCACCAUGAUCAUCGGCCACGUCCUGCCUGAUAAGGAGACCUCUCUUGUGGAUGCCUAUGAGAAGUGCCGAGGCCUGGCCGACCCCAAGGUCUGCUGUGACUAUGCCCUCCAUGUGGGGAUCACCUGGUGGGCACCCAAGGUGAAAGCAGAAAUGGAGACUCUGGUGAGGGAGAAGGGUGUCAACUCGUUUCAGAUGUCCAUGACCUACAAGGACUUGUAUAUGCUCCGAGAUAGUGAGUUGUACCAAGUCUUGCGUGCUUGCAAGGACAUUGGGGCGAUCGCCAGAGUCCACGCUGAAAACGGGGAACUCGUGGCCGAGGGUGCGAAGGAGGCACUGGAUUUGGGCAUCACAGGCCCAGAAGGAAUUGAGAUCAGCCGUCCAGAGGAGCUGGAAGCGGAAGCCACUCACCGUGUCAUCACCAUUGCAAACAGGACUCACUGUCCAGUCUACCUGGUCAACGUGUCCAGCAUCUCGGCUGGUGACGUCAUUGCAGUUGCUAAGAUGCAAGGGAAGGUUGUGCUGGCUGAGACUACCACUGCACAUGCCACGCUGACAGGCUUACACUACUACCACCAGGACUGGUCCCAUGCAGCUGCCUAUGUCACGGUGCCUCCCCUGAGACUGGACACCAACACAUCAACCUACCUCAUGAGCCUGCUGGCCAAUGAUACUCUGAACAUUGUGGCCUCAGAUCACCGACCGUUCACCACAAAGCAGAAAGCUAUGGGCAAGGAGGAUUUCACCAAGAUCCCGCAUGGAGUGAGUGGCGUGCAGGACCGCAUGAGUGUCAUCUGGGAGAGAGGAGUGGUUGGAGGAAAGAUGGAUGAGAACCGUUUUGUGGCUGUUACCAGCUCCAAUGCAGCUAAGAUUCUCAACUUGUAUCCUCGCAAGGGCCGCAUCAUCCCUGGAGCCGAUGCCGACGUGGUGGUGUGGGACCCAGAAGCCGCAAAGACAAUCUCAGCCAGCACCCAGGUGCAGGGAGGAGACUUCAACCUGUAUGAGAACAUGCGCUGCCACGGGGUGCCGCUGGUCACCAUUAGCCGGGGGCGCGUCGUGUAUGAGAAUGGUGUCUUCAUGUGUGCCGAGGGCACUGGCAAGUUCUAUCCCCUGAGAUCCUUCCCAGACACUGUCUACAAGAAGCUGGUCCAGAGAGAGAAGACCUUAAAGGUUAAGGGAGUGGACCGUACUCCCUACCUGGGGGAUGUAGCUGUUGUUGUGCAUCCUGGGAAAAAAGAGAUGGGAACGCCGCUUGCAGACACUCCUACCCGGCCCGUUACCCGACAUGGGGGCAUGAGGGACCUUCAUGAAUCCAGCUUCAGCCUUUCUGGUUCUCAGAUCGAUGACCAUGUUCCAAAGCGAGCUUCGGCUCGGAUCCUUGCUCCCCCCGGAGGCAGGUCAAGCGGCAUUUGGUAA